AUGAACCAAGCAGCCUCGACCCGAACGCAGAGUCCGCGAGUGGAGGAGCACGCAGCCGCAGCCGCAGCACAAAAGGGGAAGUCAAAGGUCAGAAUUACCGCCAGCGAUGGAUCAAGGCGGGAGGCCGUUGCAAUAAAACAAGAGAAGGCCGCAGUAGUGAGCAACGGCCCCGCCGAGCCCGAGGAGCCACCAGUGGAAGUCGAGGACGACGGCGAGGGCGACGAGGAAGAGGAAGAGGACGAUGAUGAUGACGAUGACGAGGUAGACAACUUCACCACUUCCGAGAUCGUCACCGUCCACGUCGGCCCCAAGCGCAAACGUUUCCAUCUCCAUCGCGAUCUCAUCUGUGAACGCUCCCCCUUCAUGGAGAAGUGCCUCCAAAAGAACCGGUUCGACGAGGGUUAUAAGAACGAAAUGUACCUUCCAGAGGACGACCCAAAGGCCUUCAGCAUAGUGGUGGAAUGGAUAUACAGAGGAAGACUGCCUUCUUUUGGGACCAGUGCGGGCAGUGGUGGCAGUGCCGUGGCUGCGAGGGGUCUCUGCGGGUUGGAUAUGUGUGAUAUAUCUGCUGCGUAUUGCAUGGCGGAUAAAUUCGGCAUGGAGGAACUGCAGAAUGGAAUCAUGGAUUGCAUACGGACGCAUUAUCGAUUGAGUGCCAGUUCCGGUACCAGCACCAGUGCGAGCACGAGUGCCAGUGCCAAUGGAAAUGGGCACAAUCAUAGUCACUUCCAUCACAUCAUCAAUUGCGGACACAGCAGCAGAGAUUCCACCCGGACGAGCCUCGUCCCAAGCCUGUCAGGAACAGCUGCAGACAGAGAUGCUCACGCAGGAUCCGACUCAUCAUCACACCUGGUGCCCCGUCCAAGCUAUGCGGCUCUCGCUCUCGUCCACCUCCAUGGACCACACAAGUCGCCGCUGAAACGAUUCUUCAUCGAGCACCUCGUCCAUCACAUGAUGACCUUUCCGCGUCAUUACCAUGACCAUCUCAGGAAAAACGUCGGGGAGGACAGCCGCGCAGAGUUUGAAGAGCUCUUCAAGAUCCCGGAAUUGUCGCUGUUGAUCAUGCGCAAGGUAUGGCAAUGGCAGAUCGAAAAGUUUGGCGACCCGGCGAGGGACAAGGGCUGCGCGUACCACGUUCAUUCCACCACGCAAUGCGAGUCAAAACCGAGGUCGACAUCUGCCAUGGCGGGGAAGAGCACUACGGGUAGUCGGCCCCUGGGACAAGGCAUGGGAGGGAGUCCCAGCACGCAUCCCGCGGUGAUUCUGCAGAACUUGGCCAGAAAUCAGCAGGCGCAGGCCGGUUGGAUGGGUGGCUCGUCGUCGAGUUUAGGCGGAUGGCAUCCUGGCUCCGGGUGGUAG